AUGUCAAGGCGAUCGCUUUAUAGGCAAAGCCGUCAUGUAACUCAAUCAGCAUUUAGCUAUGACAUAGAAGAUCGGGUAGUUCACUGGACAAAAGAGUGGACAAGUAUAGCAGCUGGCCCUGGAGCAGUUGCCAAUACUGGCAGCGCAGCGCCUCAAAAUUCAGGAACUGUAGGCACUCCUAAUCGUUCUACUGGAACUCCUAUACCUGGCCUUGGGGAUUCUUCAUCCGCACUCAAUGUCGACUCUCCUGGUAUCAACGGAAAUGCAAGACAAGAAAAUGCCGGGGUCCAGGAGCCCACUCUGGGAUUUACAGUAAAGAUGUGGGUUGCAACUACAGAUGACUCCUCAGCAGUUGACAUUACUGUGAAAGAUUGCGAUGAAGACGACCUACUUGACGUUUCUCAAUUGAAUCCAAGAAAACAGGACGCUGUAAUUGAAGAAACUAAGGCUGCUGACAGUUUAACGGCGGCUGAUAUUAGAGGUGCUGUAGGUGGUGAAGCUAUUCCUGGUAUCGUUGCAGCUAAUUUUGGUGCAACCAAUGAUGAGCAGGCUGAAGAGGCCACUGAGAUCAAGGCUAAUGGAGUUGAUUCACAGCAGCCCAAUGUGGAUACAGCUGCACCGACUGCUGCAUCUAUUUCUAAACCCACCGCAAAUGAGACUCCACAGUCGGAUCCUCCAGUUGGGGGAGAGCAAAAUGAUGGUGAUGUAGAUAUGGAUGAGACUUCAAAAGGAAAUGCCCAGAGUGUCCCUGAAUCGGCGCAAGGGACCACAUUAGACUCUAGUGCAGAGACCAAUGGUUCCAAAGAAGACAUACCAGCUGCUCCUGAGAGCAUUGAUGAACCCAGAGAAAAAACCGAAGUCCAAGAUCCGGUAAACAAUUUGCAACAGAAUGAUGUGCCACUAGUUACGACCAAUCUUAAUGAGACUAGUAGUACUAGCGUAGUAGAUUCUGAGCAACCAUCCUCUGGAACGGCACCCAAUCCUGCUGAAGUUAAUUCAGAGUCAAUCACUGUAUCUGUUGAUUCAGCCGUGGUUCCUUCUACGGAAGAGGUUCUGGCCCCAGUUCUUGGACAAAAUCCAAAUCCGUCGUCUAGUGGUGAUGGAGAAGAUGUGACCAUGAAUGAAGCACCACCAUCAUGA